GUGGAGUGGUGUGGUGUGCCGCCUGUCUUGAAAAACUUGACUUGAUGGAGCUCGACAAUCGUGUGAGACGGGGCAGCCGAAGAGAAUGGACUUGGAAACAGUGAAGAAAUACUUGGAGAAAGGAGGUGGCGACAACGACGACGAAAACGCCCCAACCAUCCAUGGCUUCCCUUCCAGAUUCUUCGAAAAUUUCAUUAUGCAAGGUCUCCGCGUGGACCUCAUCGAAAAGGGUCACCUCCUUUGCUCUAUGAAAGUCCCUCCACGUUUACUGAACGCUGGUAAUUUCUUGCAUGGUGGAGCCACGGCAUCUCUGGUGGACAUGAUUGGUUCAGGGGUUUUAUACACUUAUGGAGUUAGUUCCAGCGGAGUUUCUGUUGAAAUUAAUGUCACUUACUUGGAUUCUGCUUAUGUUGAUGAGGAAAUUGAGAUAGAGGCUAGGGCAUUGCGUGUUGGGAAGACUGUUGCUGUUGUCAGUGUUGAAUUUAGGAAGAAAGAAACUGGGAAAAUUGUUGCACAGGGGCGUCAUACUAAGUACCUCCCUGUCCAAAGUAAAAUGUAAAUGACAUUUAUGGCCGAAUGGUCAUCAUCACAUAAUUCCUACAAUUUAAUUCGCACUUAAGACAUGCUUUUAAUCAGACAGGUUCAGUAGAAUUUCAUGCGGAGUUACUAGUUGCCUGCUCCUGAUUUUCAGUGCCUUGUAUUGCACAGUUGUCUGAAACUGUAUUACUGUUAGAAUUUGAUAUCAGUUCCACCGGACUUGGAUAUUUUCACUAGUUGAUUUUCAAUU